CUGUAUUGAAAACCACAUUACCUCACUACUGAAAUUACUUCAGAGUAUAGCAGACGACCAUAAUGACUGACAAGGAUCGUAUGAUAUAUACUAUUCGUACGACAUAUUAUACUUUCUGUAGUAUAAAUGAAUCUGAUAAUCACUUUGUUAACUGAAUGAUUUCUCUACGAAUUUAAAAAUUCAAUAAAAAAUUAUCGAAUAGGUAUUUCAAGAUGCUAAUUUAACAGGUUUAGUAAUUAGAAAAAAGAAACUAAAUAUUUGAUUGAAACAAUGCCUGAUAAAAAAAACAAUAAUACAAAUGUUAAUUAUGCAUUUGUAAUAUGGGGCUUCGCAAUGCAUUUGAUGUUGUUGUGGGGUGUACUAGACGUGAAUUUUCAUUCCCCCAUUAUACAAGAAUUACCAAAUGUACCAGUUUUAAAAAAUGCACCGGCAAAGAGAUUGGUUUUGUUCGUGGCAGAUGGUUUAAGAUUUAGAACCUUCAUUGAAUCACCGCCAAAAUUUCUUAAACACGUAAUGACAUAUGAAGGUGUAUGGGGUGUAUCUCAUACACGAUUGCCCACAGAAUCUAGACCAGGUAUCGUUGCAAUUUGUGCAGGAUUAUACGAAGAUCCUAGCGCUAUUUUUAAAGGGUGGAAAGAAAAUCCUGUUGAUUUUGAUUCUGUUUUCAAUCAAAGUCACCUUUCAUGGGCAUGGGGAAGCCCUGAUAUUAUACCCAUGUUUACAAAAGUAAAUGCAAAAGGAAACAUACACGGGGAUAGCUAUCCUCACGAAUGGCAAGACUUUGAUAUAAUACAAGGUAAAAUUUGGCGCUUAGAUUCAUGGGUAUUCGAGAAGUACCUAACUUGGCUACGGGAAGAUGCUCCAAAUAUGAAAAAUGUAGAGCGUAUAAUUUUUUUCCUUCACCUUCUUGGUUGCGACACUACAGGACAUACUGCCAAACCCUAUUCUAGAGAAUACGUCGAUAACAUGAAUUAUGUUGAUCAUAAAAUAGAAGAAGUUGUACAAAUGACAGAGAAUUUUUUUGGUGAUAAUGCUACUGCAUACGUUUUUACAACUGAUCAUGGAAUGACUGAUUGGGGAUCGCAUGGAAGUGGUUCCACAGAUGAAACAGAAACGCCAUUAAUUGUUUGGGGUGCAGGAAUUAAUGCAUCAAACUCUCGUCGAGACGUAGAACAAGUAGACAUUACACCAUUGAUAUCAACUUUAAUUGGUAUUCCUAUCCCCAGUAAUAGUGAAGGUGUUUUGCCAUGGCAGUAUUUAAGCGAUACUGGUUUUAAAUACAUAAAUCACGCUUUAUUAAAUAAUUUAAAACAGUUAACAUAUCAAGUAAAAGCAAAUCGUGAAAUGAAUUGCGUAGACAAUAGAUUCACUGACUGGAGAGAGAUGGAAUUGGAUUACAAAAUUUCUACAUUAGAUAAAUAUCUUGAAGGGAAAAACUCGAGAGAAAAUUUAAAUGACAUAGUUGAUACAAUUAAAAUAGCCAAAGAAUCAUUAUCAUACUUCCGGCAAUACCAAAGAUCGUGGUUUUUAAUGUAUUUGUCUAUAAUGUGGCUAGGAUGGAUAAUACUGUUAUUUUUUAAAAUAGCUGGAACUAAGCGUCGUGCUAUCAAUCACAUUAUUUUAUUAGUAGCAGAUAUUGCAUUCGCAUGUAUACUAGUUACAAUAUUUAUUAUGCAUAAAGUUUCAGGGUGCAGAAAUUUGAGAUUACCUUGUUAUACAUCUUUGGCUGUAAUCUCUUUUUGGUUUGCUGUUCGAUGUAUAAUUAUGUACUCGGUAAAAUUAAGAAUUAAAAAUGAUAAAUUUCCUUGGGCAGAGGUCAUAGGAAUUAUUUUGUUAUUAACAACAAUUUUUAUGGGACUAAUAUACAGACCUACCCUUAGUGCAGGAAUGUUAUGUACGGCUUUUAUUCAAAAGUUAAUAUCAAAAAACGCUCGGAAUUUUUAUUGGACAGCGUUAUCUCUAGUUGUUUUUCCAUUAUUACCUGUUGUAGAACCAUCACCUAGAGUUUAUAUCGUACUUCUCAGUAUAUGCAUUGUAACAGUAAUAGUCGCAUUAAAAAUUCGAUCAAAGUUCAGGAAAGCAGUAGAAAUUUUUCGACUAAUCGUUACAGGGGCGACAUACCUAAAAUUUAUAGAUGGUCGAAAUUGGAUGUCAUGGGCGAUUUUAUUGACAACGCCACUGCACAUUUGUACUUAUCCUAUAGAAUCAAAGGAAAGAAUGCAAGCAGUCAUAUUGGGUCUUUUCUGUCCACUUGUUUUAUUAUCAGCAUCAUAUGAGCCCUUCUUCUUCAUAUUUCUUGCGCUACAUUUAUCUUGUUGGCCACGAUCUAAUGAGUUUUCUAGUCAAAGUUACCAAAGGACUAAAAAUCUUCUGACGGUGGACGAAUUAUUGAAAGCUGUAAUCUUUAUGUUAUAUACGUUGCUGUGUUUCUUUGGAACUGGCAAUAUGGCAAGUAUUAGUUCGUUUGAUCCAUCUUGGACUCGUCAUUUUGUAACAGUCUUUUCACCAUUUACAAUGUUUUCAUUGAUAUUGCUAAAAAUUAGCAUUCCUUUAAUGCUAAUUGGGUGCGCAUGCCACGUACACGGAUCUUCAAAUAUUUUUCUAGCGGUACUUUUAUUCGGAGACUGUUUAUCAUUGCCGCUUGCGUACUGUGUUAGUCCUCAAGGAAGUUGGUUGGAUAUUGGUAGUGCCAUCAGUAGAUUCAUAAUCAUGAUAUGUCUUCCAUGUCUUUUAUUAUUACUGUAUUAUCUUUCAUACCCUCUUAUGAUAUUUAUUCCAAAUAAAUUCAAGUUUCACAUGGUUUUAGAAAAAACACAUAUUGUAUAAAAAAUACAAAAUUAUGUAUGAAAUCC